AUGGACCGUACGAAAGCUCCCGAUACAGAGCCCUUCAAAUCAUGGAACUUUCCGCCACCUGGAUGCUCUUCGAUUUCCCAGAGCCCUAUCAUCGACGCUAUAGUCAAAUUUAUUGAGGACGUCUUGGCCGCAUCCACGCAAUCGAUUUCAAAGUCCUACUACGUGCAGGAGGCGCUCUCUGCCACCCAGCUCCAAACCUACAUGGGGAUAUUCACCCUCCCUGUCUCGAAGUCGCCAUCACGUCCAUAA